AUGGACUUGAAUAAUCUCUCCGACAAUGAACUUCGCCAGCAACUAAUUGCUUUGGGGCAGUCUGUCGGACCACUGACACCAUCAACAAGAACUUUUUAUGUAAAAAAGCUGAAGAAUUUGUUGCGGAAGCAAGGUAAUGCGCCCAUAAACUCACCAACGCAAUUCCUUUGGAAGUACAAGCUUAACAUUUUGAACAUCUUGACAGCUCGGUGUGCGCAAAUCAUUGCAGGAUCCGAAUUCUUUCAGGAGACAUGUUCUUUCGCCUUCAAGCCAUAUAAUGAUGGUUCUUCUCAAAAUUCAUGUAUCGAACCACCCAUAAGGAUGGAUGACAGAGCCCCCACAUCAACUAGAAAACGUCGCCUUGUAAACCGCGUAACUAAAGCAAAUCAGGACCAGGCCCUGUGCAAUACAUUUAUCAUUCCGCGGAUCCCUUUAAGUCAAGUCGACGAUCUGGAUAGCACGCUGCUGGGUGAAGGGACAUUCGGUCGCGUAAUCAAAUGUAAAUACCUCGAUAACAGUGACUUACAGUGGAAAGACGUCGCCAUAAAGUACGCAAGUUCUGCUUAUCGUCGCUGUGCCUUAGUUCGAGAAGCCAAGAUCUUUUAUACCUAUUUGAAAACUCACAAAAACUGCAUAAAAUUCUUCGGGCUCCACAAUUCUCCUCUAAAUGGUAUGGGCAUAGUUAUGGAAUUGAUGGAUUGCAGUCUUGCAUGGCUUAUUUCGAAGCAGUCUAUCAAAUACGAAGUUGAUCACGCUAUUUCUUGGCUAUAUCAAUUGUCAGAUGCAAUGAGUUUUUUUCACAGUAAGGAGCAAGUUCAUAGAGAUUUGAAGCUACAAAAUCUUCUUCUUUGCAAUGGUUUUCAUACCUUGAAAGUCUGUGAUUUUGGCACUUACACUACUUUGCACGAUUCAAUGACUAUGGAAAAAGGAACACUUAUUACAAUGGCUCCUGAAGUUAUUCGAGCUUCCAAAUACUACGAUGAAAAGUGUGACAUUUACAGUUUUGGCAUCAUCAUGUGGCAAAUAAUCGCUAGGCGGCUUUCUCCGUAUCAACAGGAACGUUAUUAUGUGAUUUUAAAUGUGGCGGAAAACAUACUGCGACCACCGGAACUUUCUUGUGAUCCUCUGCUUUCACGAUUUUACAAAGCAUGCUGGGAUGAUGACCCAGAUGUGCGCCCCAAUAGUGAGCAAGUGAAGCAGUAUUUUGCCGUUUUGAAAAAAGCUUUUCCAAAUGGCAACUAUGAUCUCACUGAUACCAGCACAAAUAGGCCCGCGGUAGGCCCCCGUAGCAUGGAGAAUGUGUGCCCAAAUCCAGAGAACAUUGGCGCGGGUGAUGUAAAAGGGACCCAAAAUGAGAAUACGGCACGUGAUCCUCCUGUUGGGUUUUUGCGACCAUAUCUGCGAUACCUUGAUCGAAGAAGAAAUCCGUGGGAUCCACAAGAUCCUUUUCUUCUCAAUCCCGUCCUUUUUGUGCAGCGGCUUUUUUCUACCAUGGAGUGGUGUGUCUGCAAAAUCAAAGGUUUCUGUAAUUGUCGAACAAGUAGCCAGGACUGUGAUGUCAGAAUCUUGCACGCGCAAGUGGUCGGCAUUACAGACUACACGUUCCCAGCGCGGUGCACGUCCAGGCUAGGCGGCUGCGCGGUACCCGAGCCGCUGAAGUCGGGCUCAUCCAGAGAGACUCCAGAAGAUAUGUUAUAA